AUGGCUCCGAAGGACCUCACCAAACAUCAACUUUCAUCCAGGCUGGGAUACGAAGAGAUAACGCCUGCGUUUCUUCUCAAAUUCAAGAACAAGCUUGCAGGCGUCAGAGACUCUGAACCCGAGUACGACGAGUAUGACGAAUACGAGCCAGGGGACUCUGGGCGACCACCGAUACCGCGGCGACCGCCUAUACCUCAGCGUCCCUCAGAUGAUCCUGGAAGCGCGGACGAGGCUGACAAAGACGAAGAUGGAGCUGGCCAACUAGACGAAGAAGACGCUGAUGACGAGAGGCCACAGGUGGUUGUUCUCAGGGAGGGAAAGCACUUGAGCGCCCGGGAGGCAGAGAACGAGCGAAGGCGUGAAAAGGGCCUUCCUCCUUUAGACGACUCCGAACCCGGCGUUUCGCAAACGGGCAAGAUUACAGCUGAAGAUACCAAAACAGGGAGCCUUCAACCGUCUCAAAGCGUCUCGAUUGGCACGAAGAAAUCAAACACGAAGAUGUCCGCUGCUAAACGCAAGGCCAUGGCAAUAUCGCAUGACGACGAUGGUCCAGCGGAGGGGCCAACGAAGAAGAAAAGCAAAAAGCGUGUCAAAGAGAAGAAGUUGCUUUCCUUCGGAGACGAUGCUUGA